AUGGUCUGCCUCGAUCCGAAUCACAGAUCGAACGAAUGUCGUGCUAAUUUCUGUCCCGAUAUUGUCAAUAAACAAAAUGGCGGAGGGUUGAAAUGAUUUUGUGGAGUUUUGUCGGCGUUCGGGCGAGAAAAUGUCGCUUUUCCAGGGGAUGAAGGUCAGCAGGGCAGACCAAAAGGGUGGAGAAGGCGGACAGAAGUCCCUGUUUUCGUUUAUAACCUCAAACACUGCAGGUCCUCCAGUUGACCAUGUCCAGUUCAGUGAAAGUGGCAUUACCGAGACAACAGCAAUGACAACAACCUCAACAACAACAACAACAACAACAACAACAAGCAGUGUAGCUUCACCGUCAAACAGUUUCAGCACAACAACAACAACAACAAGAAGCAGUGUGGCUUCGCCGUCAAACGGUGUCAGCACAACAACAACAACAACAACAACAACAACAACAACAACAACAAGCAGUGUGGCUUCACUGUCAAACAGUGUCAGCACUACAAAAGUACCGGCCACUUCUCCACCAUACACUUUCCCUUUUGGUCUAUCAGCCAGUGGGGCCACCUCAGGUUACAGCAGUGAGUCUUCCAGUACCGCGUCUUCCCCUCGCUCUGUCGCUUUUCCUGCCUUGUCAGGUGACGCAGCGACAAGCGGUCCUUUCGUCGUGAAACUUGCCGGUGCAAAAAAUGCCAGGAAGAAAAGACAUGGUUGUCUCAUUCGGCCUGGAUAUGCAAGACAAGAUGCAUCUGCAGAGGGGCCGAAGACCAAUCCUGAUGCUCAAGACUCUCCAGCAUUGAAAUCAACUCUGAUAGAAGAACCAGAAAGAUGUCUCGACCUGGACGAACCUGCAGCUAGUAUAAACAGACUUUCCCUGGAAAAAUCCAAAGUGUCAGCUCCAAAUCCCUCUGCACAAGAAAGAGCUGAUGUCUUGAGACCAGACGAAAGAACUCCAACUUCAAGUUUAAGUGAGCUUCCAAAGGAUUGCCAAUCUGCAAAACAGGACAGAGCCAUUUUGCCUCCUUUGAACAAUCAAACUCAAGCAGAAGAAAAUCUAGACAAGGAGAAAUCGUCUUCACCCAAUCCCUUUGAAUCCAUAACCCUUGACGUUGCAGGUAGUGAAGGUGUGAGAGAAACCACGACUGUGCCCGAGCUUGAAUCGCUCAGUCUGGAUCUCAGUUUUGACUUGGAUUUUGACCUGGACCUGGAUGUCGCCAUGCCAGGUGGUACAGGCCCUGUCAACACACAGUGCAAUAGUAGUGACACAGAGACGGGACUGCUGGAUGGUUUGGAGCUGGACUCUUUAGAUCUAAAACCUGAACUUCUCACGGACAUGGGCGCAAUUAACUCAGGAGCUGACGGUGGGGAAUCUAAUGCUAGAAGUGUGCAAAAUACAGCAGCAGUGAAGUCGCCUUUUACAUUUUUACAAUCAGAUGAUGUAGCCAAAUCUGAAGAGGAUAGUGAUGACGUUGGUCUUGAGGUUGAAUCAUGCAGUACAGAGACGAUCGAGCCUAGUUACCAACCUGUAGCUGUAGGAGAGUCAGAAGCAGUGAAAGAUGAAAAGGCAGCUGUAGAGGACUUCUCAAAGGAAACAGAUUUAAGAGAUCGGGUGAUGGAUCUCGGCAGUGGUGAUGGUGAGAACAGCUCCUUGGCGGUGUCAGAUAUCACCACAGGAAAAGACGAGGAACUCGUGACGACAGAUUCCAAAGUGGAAGAUGUCCAGGAGAGCAGCAGACUGGAUGAAGUCAGGGAGAGGUUUUCCCAUCUUAAGCAGCGUCACCAGAACCUGCUCCAGACACGUGUCAAGCUGUGCUGCACACAGGUCAAGAAGAGACAAGAACUCAGCAGAAUCAAGACAGAGCAGGACCUGGCUGUGCAGAAUGAGGACUAUGACAAAGCGGAAGCCUUCAACAGACAACUCCAGUCUCUCACAGCCGACCUGCAGGUCAUGACCUUUGACCUCCCAUCAUCAGAGCCAUCCUCAGCAUCACUGCUGGAGGAGAUGAGGCAGGUGAUGCAGGAGGAGGUUGCCAUGGUAACAGAGGAGGCAGAGAGGUAUGCUGCCAUGAAAGCCAAGGAGGAAGAGUGCUUAAAGGAGCUUAGAAUGACAAAACAGGAGGAGCUGAACAGGGAGAAGCAGAAGCUCACCACGCUUCAAGAUCAGCUGGCCAUGGCAGCAAGCCACCUGUCGCUUGACCGUGAGCACCUGCAGAAGUCGAAGGCGCAGCUGUCGAGUCAGGUGGAGGAGAGGACAGCUGAGUUUCACACUGCCAGGGAACAGCUGGUGGAGAGGAGACAGGACAUACAGGAUGAGAUCUCUGCCCUGGAGGCCCAGCUGGCGGUGCUGAGGCGGCAGGAGGAGUCCAUCUCCAUGGAGAUCCAGCUGCAGGAGGACAGCAUCAGCAGGGUCGAGCAGCAGUUCUCUGCAGAGCGGGCUCAGCUGGAGGAGGAGAGGAGGACCAUCGACAGGAAGCAGGCAGAGCUGGAGGCCCAGGCUGGGGAGGCCACACAGGAGGAGCUCAUGCUCAGGGGCAGGGAGGGGGAGAUACAGGGGGAGGAGAAGAGACUGCAGGACAGGCUCCAGUCCAUACAGGAGAAAGUGUCCCACAUGACAUGCCAGGCCCAGGAGCUGUGCAGCAGAGCAGAGGACAUGGCGGCUCUGCCAGUCUGCACAGGAACCAUUCACACUCACAACCAGCAGCUCACAAGACUGAAGGAACAACAGCAGGAAAGGCAGAAAGAGGUGCAAGAACUGACCACACAGGUCCUGAGGUAUCAGACCAGAGUUACAGACUUGAACAAACAGCUGGGUGAGACCACAGCCCAGGUGCCAGUACUGCAGGAGGCUAAGAAGCUGGCUGUGUCAGGUUAUAACUUUUCUGAAGCCAAACGUCUUGCCGAUGAGAUCAGAACCUUGGAGGAGAAGAGGGUUGCCAAAGAGAGGGAGCUGGUGAAGGCUCAAGGAGAUAUGGAGCAGCUGACAGAAGACUUAGAGACGUCUAAGAAAGUGUUAAAGGAAGUCCAAGAGGAGCUGAAAUUGAAGGAGGAAGAACAUGAUGUUGCCAGAAAAGAUGAAGCCUUUGAACUCUACCAAGAACUAGAAUUACAAUUAGAAAGAUGUACCGAUGAUGUCAUCAGAAGCGUGCUCCAGGCGGACAUGACCGCCUGCCAGCUGUGGAUUCAGGACAUCUGUGAGAAGCACCACCUACCUUUGCCCCAGGAACUGCAGGCCCUGGACCUGCACAGCCUCUUGGGGGAAGAUGAUGACAACAUGGUUACCAUGGCUACCUCUUGUGUUGAAGACAGUGGAAAAUCAAAGGCUUCAAGUGUGGAUAGCGAGGAGGUCCCAACAGGUGCUACAGGUGGUACCUCUGCACCUGAAGACUAUGUGCAGGUGUGUGAGGCUGUAGGUGUCAGCAGCCCUGCUGAAGACUAUGUGCAGGCUUGUGAGGCCAUCAGCAUGAGGCUCCUAGAGCUGGAGGAUCGGCUGCAGGAGGCUGUGGGGCAGGAGGAGUAUGAUGCUGCUCAUAUCCUUUCAGGAGUGGAAAAAUGUAUGAUCAGCAUGUUUGGAUGGAGAUCAGCACCAAGGACAGGUUUAUUAUGUUUAUGA